UGCAGGUACCUGGACAAAUCGCUAGAGAGUGACGUGCCUCAACACGAGAAAUACCUGGUGUUCUCCGCCGUGUACGCCAACCUAAACGGUGGUCCGGAUGCAGCUCUCGAGUUCCUCGCCGAGAAAGGAGCAGACAAUUUGGCUAAAGCAUAUGGCGAGAACAGAAUGCAGUCUCUUCUAAAUGGACUGGCAGGCUACGUGAACACUCCCGAAGGGAAGCAAAAGGUG